AUGACAAUAACAACAUUUACAAAACACACAAUACACAAUACACCAGAUAUCAACAAGACAACCACAUUGGGUCGUGUUUAUAAUGACAAUAGCAACAUUGACAAAACACACAAUACACCAGAUAUCAACAAGACAACCACAUUGGGUCGUGUUUAUAAUGACAAUAACAACAUUGACAAAACACACAAUACACCAGAUAUCAACAUGACAACCACAUUGGGUCGUCUUUAUAAUGACAAUAGCCACAUUGAAAAAACACACAAUACACCAGAUAUCAACAAGACAACCACAUUGGGUCGUCUUUAUAAUGACAAUAGCCACAUUGAAAAAACACACAAUACACCAGAUAUCAACAAGACAACCACAUUGGGUCGUCUUUAUAAUGACAAUAGCCACAUUGAAAAAACACACAAUACACCAGAUAUCAACAAGACAACCACAUUGGGUCGUCUUUAUAAUGACAAUAGCCACAUUGAAAAAACACACAAUACACCAGAUAUCAACAAGACAACCACAUUGGGUCGUGUUUAUAAUGACAAUAACAACAUUGACAAAACUCACAAUACACCAUAUAUCAACAAGACAACCAAAUUGGGUCGUGUUUAUAAUGACAAUAACAAUAUUGACAAAACACACAAUACACCAGAUAUCAACAAGACAACCACAUUGGGUCGUCUUUAUAAUGACAAUAGCCACAUUGAAAAAACACACAAUACACCAGAUAUCAACAAGACAACCACAUUGGGUCGUGUUUAUAAUGACAAUAACAACAUUGACAAAACUCACAAUACACCAUAUAUCAACAAGACAACCACAUUGGGUCGUGUUUAUAAUGACAAUAACAACAUUGACAAAACACACAAUACACCAGAUAUCAACAAGACAACCACAUUGGGUCGUGUUUAUAAUGACAACAACAACAUUGACAAAACACACAAUACACCAGAUAUCAACAAGACAACCACAUUGGGUCGUGUUUAUAAUGACAAUAACAACAUUGACAAAACACACAAUACACCAGAUAUCAACAAGACAACCACAUUGGGUCGUCUUUAUAAUGACAAUAGCCACAUUGAAAAAACACACAAUACACCAGAUAUCAACAAGACAACCACAUUGGUUCGUGUUUAUAAUGACAAUAACAACAUUGACAAAACACACAAUACACCAGAUAUCAACAAGACAACCACAUUGGGUCGUGUUUAUAAUGACAAUAGCCACAUUGAAAAAACACACAAUACACCAUAUAUCAACAUGACAACCACAUUGGGUCGUGUUUAUAAUGACAAUAACAACAUAGACAAAACACACACUGCACCAUAUAUCAACAUGACAACCACAUUGGGUCGUGUUUAUAAUGACAAUAACAACAUUGACAAAACUCACAAUACACCAUAUAUCAACAUGACAACCACAUUGGGUCGUGUUUAUAAUGACAAUAACAACAUAGACAAAACACACAAUACACCAUAUAUCAACAUGACAACCACAUUGGGUCGUGUUUAUAAUGACAAUAACAAACAUUGA